UGGUUCGUCAAUCAGUAAUGCGGUUGGUCGCCGAAUGGUUCUCCGUUGUCGUAUCGUUAGUCGAAUUCUGCGCUGAUAAAAAAUAAUAAUAAUAAUCUUAUAUCAUAAAAACAACUUUCGAUCGGUCGUCGGUCACUCGUUAGUCGUUACUGGUCACUGAUCAGUAGUCACUAGUCAGAUCGUUGUAACACGCGAGUGUAUAUGCGUUGUGCGCGGCUGUUCAUCGCGUAUGUAGAUUUACUGAAAUCUAGUCCCAUUCGCCUAAAAAUUAUAGAUAAUUAAAUAUUAUAUAAAACUAUUAUUCCGUAAUCGAAUAAUUUUUCGUCCGACGUACUUAGUAUAGUACAAUAAUAUUAUUAUACAUACAUAUACACUAUGGCCGACGAAGACGCGCCUCACGCUAAUGGCAACGUGCACGAAGAGAAUGGACUUGUGCCGGAAAUUGAACUCAUCAUUAAGGCAUCAACAAUUGACGGUCGACGAAAAGGAGCAUGUUUAUUUUGUCAAGAAUAUUUCAUGGAUCUAUAUCUACUUGCCGAGUUAAAAACCAUCAGUCUUAAAGUCACUACAGUAGAUAUGCAAAAACCUCCACCUGAUUUCAGGAGUAACUUUGAUGCAAAUCCUCCACCAAUUUUAAUAGACAAUGGAAUGGCUGUUUUGGAAAAUGAAAAAAUCGAAAGGCAUAUCAUGAAGAAUGUGCCGGGUGGAUAUAAUCUAUUUGUGCAGGAUAAAGAAGUGGCCACGCUGAUUGAAAACUUGUAUAGUAAGCUGAAGCUGAUGCUAUUAAAAAAAGACGACGUAAGCAUAAAUAGUCUGUUGUCUCACUUGCGUAAAAUAAAUUUGCAUUUAGAAAAAAAGAACACACGGUUUUUGACCGGCGACACAAUGUGCUGUUUCGACUGUGAGUUGAUGCCUCGUCUACAACACAUCAGAGUAGCUGGUAAAUACUUUAUGGACUUUCAAAUGCCGACCGAUCAGAGGUACUUGUGGCGUUACAUGUUGCACAUGUACCAGCUAGACGCGUUCACCCAAAGCUGUCCGGCCGACCAGGACAUCGUCAACCAUUACAAACAACAGCAGAAUCUCAUGUUACAGAACGUCAAGAUGAAGAAGCACGAGGAACUAGAAACGCCAACGUUCACUACGUCCAUACCGGUGGAGCUCGACUUGCAGCAAGACGAAUAAUUGCUGUGAGUAUAGUACGUACGUGCGAUAAUACCAUCGCCUACCAAUCUAUGUACGGCUAUAUAUAUAUAUAUAUACAAAGUGAUGUAACACGACGAUUCUAUAUAUCCUUGUCAUCCGCAGCUGCAGUACAUAAUAUAUUAUACAUUUGUACGAAUAAAUACAUAAUAUAAUACGUCACGGUGACAUCACCAUGCAGUAGACAACAACGUUUUCAUAUAAUAUUUGGUGUAUAAUGUAUCGAGUGAACUGCAGCUGCAAUCUAUCAUAAUAUUAUUAUCAGUAGGCAUAUUCGCAAUUUAUUUCUUUUUUCGGUUUUCUUAUUUUUUUUUCUUAUAUUUUUCUAAUCUUUGUACGGUAUUAUGAUAUACUAUAACAUACACUCUCGUGUACUCCUCUUGUUAAUUUAUUCGUAAUAAUAUAUACAUAUAUUUUGUAUUAUGUAUUAUACUAUAUUUUUAUUAAUAUUAUUCAACUAAACCGAGUUAUUACAUAUUAUAUUAUAUACCAUU